AUGUGUAUAAUAUCAAUUGGAAAAAUACUGCUCAGGAAGAUCAUAAAUUAAACAACGAAAUAACCGACAAACUUUCAAUGAAUUGGUUCCACAUCUGUGGUGGUUUUACAUCAGUUGUUACAUUCAUUUCAAUUAGAUCACGAAUGCGUUUACUUCAGACUAUACAAAAGCUAUCUUUGCGAUUGCCUCAGAAGUCAUAUCAAAAUCUAUCUAGACUGAUCCAUGCCAAGGACAUUUUUGGAUUCUUUUUUAUAGUCGUGCAAUAUUGGGUAUAUUAUAUUUGUGUCCAGACUGAUGUUAUAUACAAUAUUGUCACACUAUACAUCGCUUUGUUGGAGCUUCAACUAAAUAUGCUAUACGUGAAUUGUGUUUGCGUAUUAAAAGCUUGUUUCAAACAAAUCAACGACAGUCUGAUGAAUCUUCGAGAACUUAUGACAAAUGGUGAGCUAUAUCUUUUGAGGGAACCCUAUCAUGAACUGAAAAAUCCGUCCCUACUGACGGAACUCAAGGCUUCAAAGCAGCAGCAUCUGGGACUUAGCGACACAAUACAGUUGAUGGAAACGAUCUUCAUGCAAGUAGUACAAGAAGCUGUGAAUUUGAGCAAUCUGGAAAAACAGUGCUAUUCCGAGAGCUGCAUAGCAGUUGUAACAUAUUACAUUAUAAAACUGUUGUUGAUAAUAUGGGCUUGCCAAACCGCCAAAAAUCAAGCUAUGGAAAUCAACACCACCGUUCUUGACGUGUUUAACAGCAUCAGCAAUAAGGAAAUAAAAUACGAG